AUGGAUACUGAUACCGAACGAUCACGCUUGCACACAGCAAGUCGUUUUGGACAAUUAUCAAGAAAUAUGUUCUUCGCACGACAUGUUCCUCAACCAAAGUAUCUAAAAUUCAUUACUGGAACUGCCGGUGUCAAAGUAUGUCACGUACGUGAUGAUGUACCACAUUUACCAACACAUCCAACAGGUGAUAUAGCUAAGUCGUUACUAUCUGAUCCACGUUUUACUAUUGAAUUUCCACCGAAUUCCUAUAAUGAGGCUUUGCUUCGCUCUUAUGCAGAAAAACUUCAACCAAAACAGCGUCGAGAACGAUUUCUUCCUCCUAUUCAAAGUUGGAAUUCAUCCGGAGCAGUAUUUGAAGAUUCAGAAAAUUGGCGACGCGAACUUUCACGUAUAGCUGAAACGGUUGGUUUAGUAACAACUGAAGAAUUAGCAGAAAUUGAACAUAAAAAAGAAUCAACAUAUUCACCAUUACGAAGAAGUUCAUCGCAAAGAACUAAUGGUGAAUAUAGCCAAAGAACUGGCCGAUGGAAUGAAACACCUCGAACAUUAAACCGUAGUAAAUCAUUACGUGGACGAACGCCACUCUCAUCGCUUGUACCUAAUCAUUUAUUUUGUGUUGACGAACAAGAACGAGAGCUGUGGAUGCUUCAAGUACUCUGUCAAAUUUUAAAAACUCAAGAUGUGAAUGACGUACAAUCAUGGCUUGUUUCAUCAAAUUCAAGUGAAAAAGAAACUGUACGUCAAUUAAUCACAUCAGCUAUUAAAGGACUAGAAGAGAGUGGACGUAUUCAACCAACUGCUUAUUUUAUAGAAAGUACUAAAUCUAUUCAAGCCAAUCAAGAUACAUUUGAUUCAUUUAUGACAACAAAAUUUCCGAGUGCAUCCUUAAAUGAAUCUUUAUCUUCAAAUCGUGAAACUACCCCAAAAACGAGCUCUCGUCCUCGAACAUCUCAAACACUACCAGCAACAAAUGAUUUUCAUGCUAAGCAAAAUCGAGGGUUUCACACGAAUCUUGAUUCAAUCGAUGAAGAAAAAUUUGCAAAAUCCAAUGUAUCACAACCAACUAAAAUUGAUGGUAAACGGGAUAUACAAGUUUUGACAUUGAAUGAUGAUGGAAAUAAUAAUCUCCAAUCAACACAUAGAGCAAACGAUGAAGCACCAUUCUAA